ACUGCUAUGGUAGAUCAAAACUAGCUGUCGACGUUAAAACACGUUACUGCUGCUGUGUGUUUAAAAUACGACUAUUUCGACAAUAGAAAAAAAAAAAAUAGUAAUACUCGUCUUGUAUAAUAAAUAAAAAAUAUAUAUUGAAAUCAUGAAUAUUUAACUGGACUACCUACCGCAGAAAAUAAUUAUCGGAGAUAUGGAACUUAGAUUUAUAUUCGUGUUUUCGUUAUGGAUCACAACAGCCCGUUCAUUGUACAAAAUUGGUAUCGGAAUUGCAGAUGUAACUGGACCUGCAGCAGGUGUUACUUUUUUGGGGUACGGAAAAGUGGAACAAACUGGAGAGGGAAUUCAUUUGCGACAAUUUUCUAGGGCAUUUUUAAUUGAAGAUUCAACAUCUAGGACAGCGUUUGUCAGCAUCGACUCUGCGAUGAUGGGAGACCAUAUAAAGAAAGAUGUACUGAAAAAAUUGAACGAGAAGCUACCAGGAUUGUACGACACGAAUAACCUUAUGCUUUCGUCUACGCACACACACUCUACACCGGGAGGUUAUAUGUUACAUAUGCUGUUUGACCUGAGCACAAUGGGUUAUGUUCAACAAACCUUAAACUGUUUAGUAAAAGGUAUUACAUUGAGUAUUCUACGAGCCCACGACAAAUUAGAUUACGGACGUAUAUUUAUUAAUAAAGGUGAACUAAAUGGGAUAUCGAUGAGUAGAAGUCCUCAGUCAUAUUUAUUAAAUCCGGAAGCCGAACGCGCGCAAUACGAACAUAACGUCGACAAGACCAUGGUACAGCUGAGGUUUGAGAGCGAGUCGGGCAUGCCGCUGGGCGUGAUCAACUGGUACGCGGUGCAUGCGACCAGCAUGAACAACACCAACAGGCUCGUUUCGUCGGACAACGUCGGCUACGCGUCGGUGUUGUUCGAGCAAAAGAUGAACCCCGAAAGUUUCAUCGGCAAAGGACGUUUUGUCGCGGCGUUCGCUUCGUCCAAUCUGGGAGACGUGACUCCCAACAUCAAAGGUCCUCGGUGCCAGAAAUCGGGAAAACCUUGCGAUAUUCCCGGGCCUUCGUGUGACGCAAACGAACUGUGCGUGGCAUCCGGACCGGGCGACGACAUGAAAGAGAGCACUAGAAUAAUCGCCCAACAACUGUUCGACAGAGCAUAUGAACUGAUGGUCGGAGAACCUAUCACCGAGAUCAAAGGACCAAUUAAUGCAAUACACCAGUUCGUGGACAUGACCACGGAAGAAGUAGAUUAUACGACGCCCAGAGGGCAGACGAUCAAAGGAAAGGGGUGUAAGCCCGCGAUGGGUCAUACGUUUUCAUCGGGUACCAUCGACGGACCGGGCUUGUUCUCGUUCGAAGCCGGCUCCAAAUCUUCGAACAAUCCCCUCUGGGAUAUAGUGACGAAUUUCGUGCCCAAGCCCAGUCUAGAACAAGUUAAAUGCCACGAGGAAAAAUCAAUUUUAAUAUCGACCGGAGAAUUUAAUUAUCCGCUGGCUUGGUCGCCGAAAAUAGUUUCCACUCAAUUAGCAGUUAUCGGACAGUUGGUCAUAGCUUGUGUCCCGGGCGAGUUUACAACUAUGUCGGGGAGACGCGUGAGAAAAGCUAUCCGCGAUGUCCUUUGCAAAAACUCUUGGUGUACUGUAGUAAUCGCGGGACUUUGCAAUACAUAUAGUGAUUACAUAACCACACCCGAAGAAUACAAGCUACAGCGUUAUGAAGGUGCGUCAACGUUGUUCGGGCCUUACACGUUGCCCAUUUACCUGAAACAAUACUCAAAACUGGCAAAGGCGUUGUUGAGUGGUAACAAAAAAUUGGGCCCCGGGCCUGAACCGGUCGAUCUGAGACCGGAUGUAUGGUCGCUACUUCCGUCUCCUAUGUACGACACUCCGACGUCUCGACACAGCUUUGGAGACUGCAUCGAACAACCACCGUACUCGGCCAGGUGGGGUCAAACGGUUAAAGCGAAAUUUGUUUCCGGCAAUCCUAGAAACAACCCCAUGUUGGAAAUGACGUUUUUAACAGUUGAACGGCUCACGGAUGAUUUCAAAUGGGACGUCGUCGCUACGGACGCCAAUUGGGAAACCGAAUUCACAUGGAAAACAGUUUCGUGGUUUUGGGCUAGCAGCGUUGCAGAAAUCAAAUGGACUAUACCUGAAAACACUACACCAGGGCUUUACCGCAUUAGGCACUUUGGGUAUUUCAAAAAUUUUGGAGGGGGCAAACUCGGAAGAUAUUUUGGCACUUCGGAAACGUUCAAGGUUAUGGAAAAAUAGUGCAAACGUCAGUUUUAUUUCAAAACAGAUACAUCAUAAUUUUUUUCCAAUUUAUAUCUUAAAGUGUGUUUGGUAUCAGUUCCUGGCUAUAAAAUUGUUGAAAUACGAAACCAACUUAUUUCUCUCCAAAAGUCGAUUUUGGUCUAUAUAUUAUUAUUUGUUGAUGUUACUAUAAUACGAGUAUCGCAUACAUUAUUAAAUCAUAUUAUACAUAUUAAGCAUAAUAUUAAUACAAAUCCGAUUAUAAUUGUAGUACCGUAAAUACUUACCUAACUAAUAUUAUAACCAUGUCAACGAAAAAAAAUAUCCACUCAAAAUACUUUUAUAUUGUUCAUAUUUGAUAUGAUUAAUAAUAUAUGUGAUAUACCUAUACCUAUACUUAUAAAUCAGUAUUUCUCGAUAGUUUAUACUUAAUACUAUUCGAUAAUAUGAAAAUUAAAAAUAAAAAACAAUAAAAAUACUAAAUAUGCAAAUGAAUAAUAUUUUAUAUGAUUAUUUAUAGUUACCUAACAAUAAUAGAAUGAUGUCACUAAUUAUCAAUAAAUUAAAAGAAUUUCUUUUUCGAACAAUUAGACAAGAAGAUUUUCAAUAUUUCAAUUAUUGAAUUUGGUUCAAUGACAGUUUGGAUUUAGAAAAUAUUAUGAUAAGAGAACACUACGGAAUUAUUAAUGAACAGUUUCGUAUCUAUGGGACCAGAGUAAUCUUACAGCAAUCUAAAAAAAGCUAUAAAUACUCACCAAGCUUGUUAUUAUUGAAUAAGUGAUUAAAACUGGUAUUAUAUUUUUGUCGGUCAUACACAACUAUAGGAUAGAUGUGUUAUAAUAUUAAAAUAAUUACCCUAAUAAUUAAAAAAAUCAGUUCAAAAUGGCUGUUGUUGAUUAAUUGAUAUUAUAAUUUGUAAUUUAUUUUUUUUGUAAAUACAAUAUUUUUUUAUA